CAAACGGGUAGUAAUGUUAACCAAUCGACAUCCGAUAAUUUUUAUUCAUCUUACCAAUUUACUAAAUUUAAUAGAUAUUUUUAUCUCUCAUUUUACAGCAGAAUUUAUGAAAUCCUAUGAAUUCCUUAUCGUUUGCUCGAUAUAUACAGAUUUUCAUUAACACUAAGAUCGAUCUAUACCCAGAAGUUAAAAUCUCUCUUUUGUGACUUACAUCAGGUACUAAAAGGAUGUCUUUACAUUUGGAAACCAAGGAAGCAGUGGAAAGUUUAGAAAAAUUAUCCUUAAAUGCUAAUAAUGAAAUACCAGAAUUAAGAAGCUUGAUAUGGCUUUUAGAUAGUGUUUUAUUUAAAAAAACUACACACAUUCAAGAUUCUUUGCAAGAACUUAAAAGGACUUCCAUAGAAAACCAUCAUUUAACUGCAAAUGACUUUGAUAUAAGCACUGAUGGCAGCUAUAUUUCUCUUUUGAAUGAAGAGAAAGAUGAUUUCCAAACGAGAAUACGAAAGUUAGCCGGCAAUAGAGAAACGUAUUCUGUAAAAUUGUAUAAGAAAGAGAAUUCAUCAUUAGGGUUCAGUGUUAUUGGACUCCAAGACCCUCAAACUCUAAACUUUGGUACAUUUGUUCAAGAUAUCUCUCCUUUUGGCCCUGCUGCUCAAGAAGGAGGUCUGCAAGAGAAUGAUCAAAUUCUAGCUAUUAAUGGAGAACUACUAACAAACAACCAAACUCAUGCUCUGAAUCUGCUCCACGCAGCUAAUGGGGAAAUAAACUUAGUUAUUGCCAGAACAGUGUUAGUUACUAAUUACUCUCCAUCUCUCGAUGCUCUGAAUACAUGCGAGCUUCUGGCAGUUGAAGUUGUUGAUCUUGUAAAUGACGGUAAUGGUCUAGGGUUUGGUAUUAUGGGAGGCAAGUCAACAGGCGUUGUAGUAAAAACAGUUGUUGAAGGAGGGGUAGCAGAUAGAGAUGGACGAUUAAAGUCAGGCGAUCAUCUUCUUCAUGUUGGAGAGUGGUCUGUUAGAGGGAUGAACUCUGAUAAAGUUGCUGCUGUUCUGCGCAAAGCAGGCACUCACGUUCGUCUGGUUGUAGCAAGACCAGUCUUAGACACUUCUCAGGAAAUUCAAACUCCCCCAUAUUCGGUUGUUAUUUCUAAUGAUAAAUUAGAGGAACAUUUACAAGGGUUGUAUCAUCUGGGUUUGGCAGAAAAUUCAGCUAAUGACUUAGAUCCUGACGAAGAAGUUCAGUCUGAUGAAAUAUUUUUUGAUGUAAAUUUGUCAAAAGACAAUUCUGGACUCGGUAUUACUAUCGCUGGUCUGAUAGGAUCAUCCGCGAAUGGAAAGCUAUGUGGAAUUUAUGUAAGACAUAUAACUCCAAAUAGUGCCGCCGAAUUGGACGGUAGAAUUCAGCCAAAUGAUCGAAUUGUUGAAGUAAAUGGCCGAAGUUUAGAAGGUUUUUCAAAUGCCCAGGCUGUAGAAGUACUUAAAGCUACUGGGCAAACAGUUUCUCUAAAACUUGCUCGCCCACGCCAUGGAGCAACUCAUUUAGCUGAAUUGCAGCGUAGUUUAGCAGAAACGACUGAUACGUGCUUAGAGUCAUUUAAAACUCCCAAUGAAGAUGACUCAUCUUUGAAAAGUUAUUGGUGUCAGGCCUUGACUUUACAAGCUGAUGAAGUUAUCAUAGCUCACGUUACAAAAUUUAAAGAAGGUGGAGGAUUGGGUGUAAGCCUUGAAGGAACUGUAGAUGUUGAAGAUGAUGGAAAGGAAGUGCGGCCACAUCAUUAUAUUCACAGCAUACUUCCUGAUGGACCAGUUGGAAAAAAUGGUUGUAUUGAAGAAGGAGACGAAUUGUUGGAAGUUAACGGCCAACGUCUUUUGGGAUUAAAUUACAAAGAAGUUGUGAACAUCCUUAAAAGCUUGCCACAAAAUGUUACUUUAGUGUGUUGUCGAAAAACUACCAGUUUACAAGGAAAUAUAAACCCAGGAAAAGUUGUUAAAGCUAAAUCUGAAGAUAAUCUUUCAAUUGAGAAACCGGGUGUGAUACUUAGAUGGCGAUCUGCCGAACCUUUAACGUCCAUAGCAUUGUGGAAUGAGAACAUAACAGAAGUUAAACUUGUAAAAGCAGAGAAAGGUUUAGGUUUCUCUGUUUUGGAUUACCAAGAUCCGUAUAAUUCUAACAGGCUAAUUGUUGUUGUUCGAUCGUUAGUUCCAGGAGGUGUUGCACAAAGCGAUGGCAGAAUAGUACCAGGAGAUCGACUAAUGUAUGUAAAUGAAAUUUCUCUUGAAAACGCUACUUUAGAGGAUGCUGUAAAUGCCUUGAAAGGGGCUCCGUCCGGCGAGGUAAAAAUAGGCCUCGUAAAACCAAUUUCUCCUGAUGUGCCGGACUGUUCUUUAAGUGAUAUUCCUUUGAUGGAAAAUUACUUAUCUUCAACACCCAUUAUAAAUAAUAUGGAAUCAGAGCCUAAAUUAGAUAGAGAUCAGGAUGAUAGUUUUCAUAAUUCGACGGGGAGUAACCAGAAAACGAUUGAAAUACACCCAAGUAUUAGGGAUACUACAAUGGGUCUGUCCCCAGUGUCUAUUCAUUCUGAAGCGGAAACUGGUUUUAGUAAUAGUCCAUCACCUAAGUUGCGAUCAACACAAAACUUACUUUUUACACCUCCUAAAACCGUCGUUGUUCGUAGGAAAAUGAAUGAAUCAUUGGGUAUUAGCAUAGUUGGAGGAAAACUGGAGUUUUUCUCAACGUCUAAUAUUUCUCCUCCUUCUUCACCUCAGUCACCAAUUUCGGGAAUUUUUGUUAAGCAUGUUUUACAUUCGGGACCAGCAGCAGGGCUUUUAAAAAUGGGUGACCAUAUCUUGGAAGUAGACGGACGAGAUAUCCGUUAUGCCUCUCAUGAUGAAGCUGUCGAAGCUAUAAAAUUAUCUAAAACGCCAGUUACAUUCCUUGUUCAAAGCAUAUCAGAUCCAUCUGAUUCAAAUCUAAAUAGCUCACAAAAAAUUGAGAAAGACGCUGAAAAAGGAAACACAAUUGAGAUGAUUUCUGCGUCGAAACUAUUUUCCAAUCAACAAGAUUCAUCGUCUGUUGCACAGUACCCUUUACAUCCAGCAAAAAAUGAGACCAGCAGUAGUUCUUCAGAGAAUGAUUUAACAGCUGACUCUUACCAACUAUAUUCCAUGGUUUCGGUUGAUCAAACAAAAUGUAAAAAAUCUGAAACAGUUCCUACAGCGAUAGAUACUCAAAAUUCUGAAAUAGAUAGCAUUGAUUUAAAUGGGUCAAAGCUGAAAUAUCAGAAUCUCUCAGGUGAACUGCUAAGACUGUCAUUUGAAAGAGACAAUCCAAGAAGUGAAUUCGGAUUGAGCUUAGUCGGAAAUAAACAUCCUGAUAAACAAGGUGUUUUCGUGUCAGAAAUAGACCCAAAUUCAUGGCUGUUAAAAGACGGCGGCCUGAAAAUUGGGGACGAGCUUUUGGAGGCAAGUUACUUUAUCAUUAACUUGUAUUGCUUAACGCAAUCUGAUAAUUUACCUGAUCCUGGAUUAUCAAAUACCUCAGAAUUUUCAAACUCUCCUGAUAAAGCUGAGAAAGAAGCAAAAUGUUCAUCAAUAGAAAAAGACUUACAGAGAGUAUUCCUAGAGAGUUAUGUCGAUAUUAAGAAAGUUCACUUGAAUAAGGAAACACAAAGAGAUUUGGAAUUCUCGGUUAAGGAUGAUACAGUUCAAGGGGUCAAAGGCGUCUAUAUAGAUAGAAUUACACAAAAUUCUACAGUUUGUGACGAAAUCAGAAUUGGGGAUCACUUAAUUGCCCUGGAACUACCUGAAGGGAUAGCUAAGCUUGACGAAUUGACCUCCCAAGAAGCUACAGAAGUGUUGAGAAAUAUACCAGACGGUCCAUUUAACUUGUACCUCGUACCAUCAUUGAAUUCUAAUCAAGAAAUAGAAAGCACAGAGCAAACUGAUCAGAAAUUUGAAGAAGUUGACUUAAGUACUGUUCCAAUUGCUGUUGGUAAGAAGACAACCAUUACUAUAGCGAAAGGAAAGAGUGGAUUAGGUUUAAGUAUUGUUGGUGGUGCUGACACUAUGAUAGGAGAGAUUUUAAUUCACGAAGUUUAUGCAGAAGGAGCGGCAGCUAAAGAUGGAAGACUUUGCGCCAGUGAUAAAAUUUUGGAAGUUGACGGGAAGAGUUUGAAGCACACAGACCAUGAUGAGGCUAUUUCAAUUCUUAGGCGAACUCAAGAUGUUGUUACUAUGGUUGUGUUUAGAGCAGAUACAUCUUUGUCACCGAGAAAAUCCGAUGAUGAAUCUUACACGACUUUCAACAUUACAUUGAUAAAAAAACCUAACAAAGGACUUGGUUUAAGUAUUGUUGGACGACGAGGUCAAGGCGGAGUCUUCAUCUCAGAUAUAGUUAAAGGUGGUGUGGCGGAUACCAAUGGUCACCUUUACCCUGGGGAUCGUCUCAUGAGUGUAAAUGGUGAGGAUCUAAGAGACUCAAGCCAAGAAGACGCUGCAGCAGUUUUAAAAACAUUGAUGGGAAAAGUAACUCUCACUAUAGGCAGACUAAAGAAAGGAGGAAAAAGUGAAGGAUCCAUAGAAGAGGUUAUUUUGGAACGAGGAUCAAGGAGACUUGGAUUUACAGUUGUUGGAGGAAGUGAUAGUCCACAGGGCCGAUUACCUAUUUAUGUUAAAACUGUGUCUGAGGAUGGUAGCGCCGACAAAGUUCUCUUCCCAGGCUGUGAACUUUUGUCGGUUAAUGAUCAUGAGUUGAAUAAUGUAACGCAUGCUGAAGCAGUUACCCUUAUAAAGCAUGCCCGAGACCCCAUUCGAUUACUAGUACGUUACCCACAAGACCCAGAAUAAUAUAAGACGUUGCACAGUUGGCGCGCGUACCGCGUCAGCUAGAGCAGCUGCGAGCUGGGUCUUUGUCGUCCCGCUGCGCUUUGUGAGAAUACAAGGGCCUGCCCUUGUUGCCCUUGUAUUGUCGCAGUAAAAAUCAGCAGUGCAUAUCGAACGCGAUGCUUGUCGCGUGCGUCUGCACGCUUAUACCACGAGAACUCUUUUGUAUUUUUUAUGUUUUGUAUUUACUUUAAAAAUAAAUAGUCGAACAAAAUUCACUAAUAAUACCUUCGACAAAAAUCGCUACUAUCACUACCCGGCUAACACACAACGUAAAAUAAAUAAUUGCAAAAUUGUCAUCACAGUUUGACAGAAUAUUAAAGUCUUUUAAUAAACAAUGUCCCGAAUAUCGGUUGGCGUUGUUGGACCUUCAUCACUUUUAGGCGGUGGUGAGCUUUUAUCUGAAGAGUUGAAAGUGAGGAAUUGGACGACUUCUGCUUCAAUUUGUUCUUGGUGGUGGCGGAGGCAGUCCGCUUCAAUGCCCGUUAUUGAUUGUAGUCUUGCAAAGACGGCCUCUGCGCUCCAUUCCGUUUCAAUGGCUCUUAAGGCUGUUGCUAAACUAGCUGAGCUGACCAGGGAGGGGGGCAUACUGGCGAACUUGAAUUCUACAAGUAAAACAGAAAAUUUAGCAAUUUCGAAUGGAGCGUUUUGAACUGCCGACACCGCACCUGUCCAGAGGCGCUAAGGUGCAUCUGGCUAGUUCGUUGUAUUUAAAUAAAGUACAAGAAUAACUAAAUCUUACCGGUAGAGCAAAGGGCGA